ACGACAUUAUUUCAUAAGUAAAAUUCAGCAUUUAGCUGUAAUUUCAUGCAAGUCAGAAAAAACGCACUUUUGCGUGAAUUGUUAUUGAAAAAUAAUUUUAUUUAAUGUACUUUAAUAAUCGAUGAUUCGUUUUAAAAAAUUGGAGAGUCUCUUGAUCCCGCAGCGAAAUCUCUAGGAAGAACUUUCUGCUAAAAAUUAUCUCAAAUCCAAAAACCAAAAAACGAAAAUAAUCCAAGGACUUGUCAAAAUUUUAGUUUUCGAUGAAAAGUCGGCUUCCCAAGAAGAUAGUUUUUUGUUUUUUUUUUAUUAUUACCUGGUAAAUAUAUCAAAAAGCGUUGUGUAAAAAUUUCAAGUCGAUCGGUUCUGAAGUUUCAGAAAAUCGCUAAAGAAUCACUAUGACUGGGACAUCUAUAAUUUAACCACUUCCAAUGUCCACCAAUUAUUUAAAUCUGUGACCCUGCGGAUACUUUAAUAUUUUAGUAAUAUCUUGAUAUAGUUAGUCAAAUUUUGCCACACAAACGCAUUUGUGUGUGUGUAUAUAAAAAUACCACCAUACGUCACCACCGACGAAUUAGCCGUGUGAUUCGGUGUGAUCUACUAAAACAUCGUUUACAGCAACGUCGUCGUAGUUAUUGUUUUUUUUUUACCUUUUAUGUUUGCCAUUUCUCACCUAUCAUUCGAGUAUGCAAAAUAGCUAAUUUUAAACGAUUGAUUUUAUCAGAUAUUUGCUCUCAAGCUGCUCGUUUUUGUGUUGUUCUUUACUGUUACCGCUUUUUGUGCUUUUCAUUGUGCUCACGUGCUACCAACACAAUUUGUCGCCGUUGCCAAUUACGAUUACUUGUAUAUACUUGUAUACAAAUACAAAUUUACAUUCAAUUUUUUUUGCCCUGAGACUCUGUCACAUUUGAACUUCCAAUUUUCAAUUAACCGUCAAGCAAUUGAUUUUUCACUCUUGUGCCUUGAGCACACACGUAGCCGUAGAUGCAAUACUACAUAUGUACAUAUGUAAAUAUGUUGGUAUGUAUAUAUAAUAUGAUUGAAUGUAUGUAUGAAUGUAUAUACAGGGUUAUUCAAUAGCCGAUGUAGGGGUUUAAUGUGAAUUUAUAGCAUCAGAAAUAUUUUGUUUAAUUGUUGUUGUUGUUGAUUGGCUAUUGCUACUACUUUGGGAGCACAGACCACCGUUGUUGUGUUAUUUAAUUGACUUUUAAUACUCUGCUUUUCACAUCAUAGCCGCCAUAUCAGCGCAUUCACAACUCAUUCAGUUGUUAACGUUUGCCUGCAGCGUGUUGUCGUAGAGCACAAGCGUUUUCAAUAAAUUCGGUGAUCUCGCGCAACGCCGUUAACAAAUUCUAGUACAAAAUAGAAAAUGAAAAGUUAAAAAAAAAAAAUAUUUUUUUUUAAGAAAAAUUUAAAAAAAAUGUAAACUAAAAAUAUUUCUUUGUAAGAAAAAAGUUAAAAUAAAAAUUAAAAACUUUUUUUUUCAUAAAAAAAUAAAAUAAAAAAAAACUAAAAAAUGUUUUAAUGAAAAAAUAAAAUAAAAUUUUAAAUAAUAAAAAUUAAAUAUUUGUUUAUAAAUAAAUGCAAUGGCAUUAAAUAAAAAAAAAUGUGUGUAAAAUAAAAUAGAAUUGCAUCAAAAAUGCUUAGACAGCGCUUGUCAUAGCAGUAUUUGGUGUUUAUGCAUCGUUUAUGCGAAUAAUUUUAGCAAUUUCACGCCCACAGCUGCGCCAGCCACCUUACUCACCAGCCAAACUAACAUACAUAUGUAGUAUGUAUUCGCUUGUGUGUCACCAAGCCGGCUAAAUACUGCGAUUGCAACACUGCACAGCGUGCGCCUGUCGCCCGGCAAAAACAAAACAAAUAAAAAAAUAAAAUUUAUAGGCCAAUAAACAAUAUAAACGUUUUUGUUGCAAUGUUGUUGCUAAAUAUUGCCAAAAAAUAUUCCAGCGCGUAAUAUUCCGCCCAAAAAUCAAUUGAACAGCAAGUGAUCCGCGUGUUAAUUAAUGCUAAUAAGCAUUUUAAUUGAAAUUUUUUACUGGCAUGUGAAAAAAGCGCCAAAAUUAUUUACUAAACUUAAAUUGACAUACAUACAAACAUAAAACUUAGAAUUUUAUGCAAAAAAUAUAAAUAAAUAAAAAACCGAAGUCAACACUUCGUGCUAACGAACUGGCGUUAAGUUCUCCUGCUACCGGCAACAUAAAUAUAAAUUACUAAGCCGAGCUUAUUGUACAUAGACUUAUUCAAAAGCUUCGCUUUUCAGCUCACUUAAUCUUUAUCAAUACGCUCGCAUAUGAAACGGAAAAAUUUUAAUUUUUAAUAAAAUACCAUAUAAUAACGAUUGAGCUGUGCGCCUCUUUGAGUAAUAAACACCCUACAUGCUUUUGCGUACAUACAUAGAUAUGUAUGUCUGUAUGUAUGUUUUGUUCUCUCACCAUGCUAUAUUGAUUGAAAUGACUCGACAAUGCCGACACACUGCCGCGGAUUAGCUACUGCCUACAUUAACAAGUGGCAAAACGUUGUUUUGUAAUUCAAACAAAUCGAAUUUUUAAUUAGAACUUACGUUAUCGCCUACAACGCGCCGUUUUAUGUAAAAAUAUUGCAAAAACGUCGAAAGAGUUUGUGUUAAUUUGACAUUGAUUUGGAAAUUCAUAUUACUCCAUGUGUGAUUACAACAACUAAGUGCUCAGUUUUAUUGUAAUUUUCGUAUAUGCAAGCGUUCACACUCAUACGUACAUAUAUCUAUAUAUAUGCUGACAAAUAAGUUUUUGUGCACGCGAAAGUUUAACGCCAACAAAACUGAGUUGGUUUUUAUACGCGAAAAAGUUAAUGAUUUCAAAGAAACAUUACAAAAUGCUGCAAAUUAAAUAAAGAGUGUUUUUGAAGUGGCUGAUAAUAGAAUACAUAACAUACAUACAAAACAAAUUUCCUUCGAAAUUUAGUGGGAACUUUUAGAAUUUUAUAAGAUAACUGAGACAUUACUCUUGAAAAAUACCGAGCUAUAAAUUCACAAACAUAAACACACACAAAUACGUGAUUUGCUCUCACAAGAAACAUUAUAAGUGUAUUUCAAAAUAGCAUUUUAUGAUGCUUUAAUUAAAAACAUAUACAGCUUAGCGCCGCAGUGCCCUUAAUUAAUCAAGUAAAAGCAAAAACAAUUUAGCUCACAGCAAAAUCGCAAGCAUAGCGAAUCUAGAGCUAGCGCGAAAAUAAACCUAUACAUAUACAUAAGUGUACGCAUACAAAGAUCUGUCGUUUUUGGGGAUCACAACAAUUUUGUGCCUUCAAAAAUGUUCGCCACCAUACGGCAUCUGUUUGGUGGUGUCGUCGCCGCUGCCCAAGCGGACCCACUAACACAUGUCUCCGAACAACAACAUGUGCCGUCAACGAAAAAACCAACAAAAAUGUCGAAAAAAUUGCGACAACAGCAGCAACUCGAACAAAUGCAACAAAUGCUAUUGCUCGACACUGAAACCUAUUCCAAUUUGCGUUAUGAGCGCACCAAACUCAGUCACAGCAGCCUGCUGUUGCAUCAGAUCGCACAAGACAGCAGAACGGAUGAGUGUAACGGUACGCUCGACACAAUCGUACCACUAACAUUUGCCUCGGCCGCAACACCGAUAAUAUUGCCUAGUGGUUAUCGCGGCACUACGCCUGCUGAUAAGCAACAAAACCCAAACGUAUCAGCUGGAACGCGUGCGCUUUUCGGAACGACACCGUCACCCUCACCGCCGCCUCCGCUGCAGUUGCCGCUACCAACGUCAACGCGACACACGCAUUCAUCGCCGUCACCAUCUAUAACGGGCGGCGUGCCACCUGCCCUGAGUGGUGGUGGUUAUUCUACGCAUUUGCCACACGAUUACAGUUUCUGUGAUUCGUGUCGUCCGUUGCGUUUUCAAAAUUCGCUCAUAAAAUCCGGUAGUCCUAGUUCAGUGUCGCAAAAAAGUUAUAGUACGACUUCAGCGCGUUAUCUCAAUUUAAAUUCGAAUUCGUCGAGUAAUCGUUUCAAUUCGCUGCCGCCGUCGUCGAUCGUGACACCAACACCGCCGCCGCUACCACCACAAACACAACAACAACAAUCGUCAACACAGCCAGCGUCAUCGUUUCGCACCUUUUAUCCUUUCUCUCGUUUACAGCCACGACGCACGAACAGCGCCAGCAUGUCACAAUCCGGAGACGAUCUACACUCGCCCAGCUAUCUGUCCUGGCGCAAGCUGCAGCUGAGUCGCGCCAAACUAAAGGCGUCCAGCAAGACGUCGGCAUUGCUUUCCGGUUUUGCCAUGGUCGCAAUGGUUGAGGUCCAAUUGGAUAGUAGCACCAAAGUGCCUGCCGGUAUGCUUGUCGCCUUCGCCAUCUGUACCACACUGCUUGUGGCAGUUCAUAUGUUGGCGCUUAUGAUCAGUACUUGUAUUUUACCAAAUAUUGAAACUGUUUGCAAUUUGCAUAGCAUCUCGUUGGUACACGAAUCACCGCAUGAACGCCUACAUUGGUACAUUGAAACAGCGUGGGCCUUCUCCACGCUGCUCGGACUGAUACUCUUCCUACUCGAGAUAGCAAUACUUUGUUGGGUGAAAUUUUAUGAUUUAAGUCAACCAGCCGCUUGGUCGGCAUGCAUCGUACUUAUACCGGUAAUGAUAGUCUUCCUAGCGUUUGCAAUACAUUUCUAUCGUUCGCUUGUUACACAUAAAUACGAAGUUACCGUUUCGGGUAUACGCGAGCUCGAGAUAUUGAAGGAACAAAUGGAACAGGAUCACAUUGAUACGCAUCACCAUCAUUUGCAUCGUAAUAAUGGUUUACACUAUGGCGCCAGUGGUGAAAUAGUUUAAACGUCAUGCUUGACGGAAGUCCCUAACCAUGUUACUAUGGUGAAAGCUUGUUAUUAAUCGGGAAUAUACUUUUUGCUAAUAUACACCGGAGAAGAGACAUUUGUAUGCGACCUCAUACAUUUAGGCGAUAAAGUUUUUAUAUGCUACUUUUUACACGUAUAUAGACAUUGAUAACGAAUAACAAAUAAAAAUAAAUUAUAUAUAUAUAUAUUUUUAUGUAGGUUAGUCAUUUGUUAUUUGUAUGUACACGAAAACUUAAUUGAAUUGAAUUCUCAAAGAAUUCAAAUACAAUUGUGAUAUUGGUAAAUGCGUUUUAAUUUCAAUUGUGAAAUGCAUUUUGGCAUAUCUUGUUUUUAUUUAGCGCUUAAUUUUUAAUAUUAUAAUAAUACAUAUAUAAAUUUCUAUAAUUGAAAUCUGUUUAUAUAAGCCUUAAAGUAAGCGUUGUUAAAGAAAUACUUUGUGCACAUGUAAAUUAAUGUGUGGCCAAGCUACGCAAAGUUUAAUUGUAAUUAAAUUUUAUUUACCAGCAAUAUUGUAGACUUACACUGUGAAAAGUGUCACUGGCAGUUGACGGUGUGCAGCGCCAACAAUGCCACAUAGAUGCAGUGCAAAUAUGUGAAAUUUGAACAUGUUCUUCAUUCAACUGCAUAUCAACUGAAAAUUAUUAUUUCACAUUAUCCGUCAAACUACCUUAAUUUACUUAAUUUUUAAUAUAUUACUUUUAACAUAGAUUUAAGCAAUUGUAAUUAAAAGAUAUAACUUGAAAAAGAUAA